AGCAAAAAGAAAAAAAGGUCCUUCUUUUUUCUUGAUUCUUACAAGAACGAUUUCCAGUUUUCAACUUUCGGAUUGGAAAUUUCGAUGAGUCUUGGAUGUCACUCCUGAACCAAUUUAACUAUUCAAACUGCGAAGACCAGGAGGUGGAAUUUGCCUUGAGGGUUGGUAAUUCAGGGAAACUCGUGCAGGAGCAUGAUCAAAGGACAUCUCGCUUCAUGGGGUGGCUGAACAAAAUAUUUAAAGGUUCUUCAAGCCAUAAAAUUUCUGAGGGUCAAUAUCAAGGGAUUCUUGGAGACGACAAGCAUGUUUGGAAUGAAAAUUCAAAUUCCUGGGAUGAGCAAGCAAAGUAUGAGAACGAAGAGCUAGAUCGUGCUAUUGCACUUUCUCUAUCUGAAGAAGAGCAAAAGAAGGCAAAUGGAAUCAGUAAUGGGUCCCAUUUGGAUGAAGAUGAACAGCUAGCAAGAGCUCUACAAGAAAGCUUGAAUUUGGAAUCACCUGGGUCUGAGUCUCCUCCUCAUGCAAUUGAACCAUCAUAUCAGCCUUCAUCUUUUCCUUUCUCCACAGGGUUCAGGAUAUGUGCGGGUUGCAACAGGGAGAUUGGCUAUGGACGCUUUCUUAGUUGCAUGGGUGCAGUUUGGCAUCCACAAUGCUUUCGUUGCCGUGCUUGUAAUGAGCCAAUCUCCGAGUAUGAGUUCUCCAUGUCUGGGAAUGAUCCUUAUCACAAGUCCUGCUACAAAGAACUUUAUCACCCGAAAUGUGAUGUUUGCAAGGAAUUUAUCCCAACAAAUAGAGCUGGUUUAAUUGAGUAUAGAGCUCAUCCCUUUUGGGGGCAGAGGUAUUGUCCUUCACACGAGCAUGAUGAUACACCUCGAUGUUGCAGUUGUGAACGGAUGGAGCCUAGAGAUACGAAAUAUGUUACCCUAGAUGAUGGAAGAAAGCUUUGUCUUGAAUGUUUGGAUUCAUCCAUCAUGGAUACAAGUGAAUGCCAACCUCUUUACAUGGAGAUACAGGACUUUUAUGAAGGCUUAAACAUGAAAGUGGAGCAGCAAAUUCCUUUGCUGUUGGUUGAAAGACAAGCUCUAAAUGAAGCCAUGGAGGGAGAAAAGAGUGGAACUCAUCACUUGCCUGAGACAAGGGGCCUCUGCCUCUCUGAGGAGCAGACAGUCAGCACUAUUCUGAGAAGGCCAAGAUUUGGGAUGGGAAACCGCAUUGUGGAUAUGAUAACAGAGCCAUAUAGGCUGACUCGCCAAUGUGAAGUGACUGCCAUUCUGAUUUUGUAUGGUCUUCCGAGAUUACUUACUGGGUCCAUCCUGGCUCAUGAGAUGAUGCAUGCAUGGCUGCGGCUUAAUGGGUACCGCACUCUCAGUCCUGAUGUAGAAGAGGGCAUAUGCCAGGUAUUGUCUCACAUGUGGCUUGAGUCCGAGACCAUGUCAGGAUCAGGCAGCAAUGUGGCUUCGUCAUCAUCAGCAUCCUCCUCCUCCUCAUCAUCAAAGAAAGGUACAAGGUCUCAGUUUGAGAAGAAACUUGGAGAUUUCUUCAUCCAUCAGAUAGAGGCCGACUCUUCGCCAGCUUAUGGUGAUGGGUUUAGAGCAGGGAACCGUGCCGCGCUCCGCUAUGGUCUACGGAGAACUCUGGACCAUAUUAGGUUGACCUGUAGCUUUCCGUACUGAUGAAGUUUGGAGAGUGAUUUGAUACAGUGGCUCGGUAGCUUGGCCCUUGUGUUUGAGUUUAGGGCCUAGCAUAUAAUUGGAUAUGAGAAAAAUAGAAGGCAAUAAUGGUUUAGGGGGAAUUGAACUGUAGUAUUAGCGGUCCUGACUUUUUUGCAGCUGUUAGUGCUACUCAAUGAAAUUGUGGUAUAAUUGUUAUACAUGAAUCGAAUAAAUUGGAUGUUAUAGUGAACUUGAUUCUUGCAGCCUAGAGAUGGGUUAUAUUUAAAGUUGUACUUUUGCAUAAUUUGCUUUGGAUUGUUUUAGAUGCUCAAAGUUUUGGA